AUGAAACUUGAGUGGCAACCAGCUGACAGGAACGUUGUCAAGGACCAUUCCUUGGGAAUUAGCAAACAUCAAAACGUUGCAGUACAUGUAAGCUAUCCCCACUGCACUCCCAUCACCCCCACUGCACUCCCAUCACCCCCACUGCACUCCCAUCACCCCCACUGCACUCCCAUCACCCCCACUGCACUCCCAUCACCCGCACUGCACUCCCAUCACCCACACUGCACUCCCAUCAUCCCCACUGCACUCCCAUCAUCCCCACUGCACUCCCAUCAUCCCCACUGCACUCCCAUCCUCCCCACUGCACUCCCAUCAUCCCCACUGCACUCCCAUCACCCCCACUGCACUCCCAUCACCCCCACUGCACUCCCAUCACCCGCACUGCACUCCCAUCACCCACACUGCACUCCCAUCAUCCCCACUGCACUCCCAUCAUCCCCACUGCACUCCAUCAUCCCCACUCAUCCCCACUGCACUCCCAUCAUCCCCACUGCACUCCCAUCAUCCCCACUGCACUCCCAUCAUCCCCACUGCACUCCCAUCAUCCCCACUGCACUCCCAUCAUCCCCACUGCACUCCCAUCAUCCCCACUGCACUCCCAUCACCCCCACUGCACUCCCAUCAUCCCCACUGCACUCCCAUCAUCCCCACUGCACUCCCAUCAUCCCCACUGCACUCCCAUCGUCCCCACUGCACUCCCAUCAUCCCCACUGCACUCCCAUCAUCCCCACUGCACUCCCAUCAUCCCCACUGCACUCCCAUCAUCCCCACUGCACUCCCAUCAUCCCCACUGCACUCCCAUCAUCCCCACUGCACUCCCAUCAUCCCCACUGCACUCCCAUCAUCCCCACUGCACUCCCAUCAUCCCCAAUGCACUCCCAUAAUCCCCACUGCACUCCCAUCAUCCCCACUGCACUCCCAUCAUCCCCACUACACUCCCAUCACCCCCACUGUACUCCCAUCAUCCCCACUGCACUCCCAUCAUCCCCACUGCACUCCCAUCAUCCCCACUGCACUCCCAUCAUCCCCACUGCACUCCCAUCAUCCCCACUGCACUCCCAUCAUCCCCACUGCACUCCCAUCAUCCCCACUGCACUCCCAUCAUCCCCACUGCACUCCCAUCAUCCCCAAUGCACUCCCAUAAUCCCCACUGCACUCCCAUCAUCCCCACUGCACUCCCAUCAUCCCCACUGCACUCCCAUCACCCCCACUGCACUCCCAUCAUCCCCACUGCACUCCCAUCAUCCCCACUGCACUCCCAUCAUCCCCGCUGCACUCCCAUCAUCCCCGCUGCACUCCCAUCAUCCCCACUGCACUCCCAUCAUCCCCACUGCACUCCCAUCAUCCCCACUGCACUCCCAUCAUCCCCACUGCACUCCCAUCAUCCCCACUGCACUCCCAUCAUCCCCACUGCACUCCCAUCACCCCCGCUGCAACAUGCCCAAGUCACCGCCCAUCCCCAUCUCCUCUUCCCUCCAUCUACCUCCCUUCAUAUCCUGUAACGCCCACGCUUCUGGGUUGCACCCCCACCUACCGAGCCUGUACGUUGUCAGUCACACCAUGAGUUGCAUCCAUCCGUAUGUAGUAAAGCUGCUCUCUCCGUCGCUUGUCCAUGCGUCAAUGCAGGUAUCUCAGCGGCAAUUCCCUCUCUGGGUCUCUUCCCGAUGCCCUGUCUGA